AUGGCUACUAAUCGCCCCUCGAAGGAUUCAAUGAAGUCGACCUGGCAUACUGCCAGUCGAGAUACGUGGACCAGGUACCAUUGGAUACUUCAUCUACUAGGCGUCGAUCCGCAUGAUUCUCAAAAGCAAGCACCAGUGCACUCCAAAAGCGAGAAAAUCCCUUAUUUCAUGCAAUGGUCUGCUCACCGCUUCAUUCUUUUCUACGCGGCACUCCCACUCGUGCUUCACCAAGCAUACGCCUUUGUGACCGGUCGAACCCUAAACCCAAUUGCAACAUUCAGUCUCUAUUUCCUCUCGAUAAACUUCAACGUCAUCGUCGAAGCACGCGUUAUCGCCCGUCUGGGUUAUAUUUACGGCUUUCUCGAUGGCGACAAGGCCCCGCGUGAUGGAAUACCAGACGUUGGGGUGACUCAAGUGGCGCAAUCCCUUGUCAAGACAACUGGUUCGCGCUUGGUUCUUGCCAUAUACCUUUCCUACAACCGCAACCAGCUACCAUUGGAUAUUAGCUGGAGAUGGCUCUUGCUCGAGACAUCCCUAUAUGGAAUUAUUUUGGAUUUUUGGUUCUACUGGUACCACCGCACUGCGCACGACGUGGGCUUCUUUUGGAAGUACCACCGCCGGCACCACCUCACAAAGCACCCGAAUUCCUUAUUGGCUGCGUAUUCGGACCACGAGCAAGAAGUCGUGGAAAUGGUCAUGAUCCCCUUACUGACCUAUUCCUGCCUCAAGCUCAUGGGCUUACCAAUGAGUUUUUAUGAGUGGUGGAUCUGCCAGCAGUAUGUGGUGUUUUCAGAGGUUAUCGGUCAUAGUGGGCUCCGACUGCACUUGACAGUUCCAUCGCCGGUGUCCUGGUUGCUGGAGAUGGGAGGCGCUGUGCUCGUCGUCGAAGACCAUGAUCUUCAUCAUCGCAAAGGUUGGCGGAAGAGUCACAAUUAUGGCAAACAGACUCGUCUGUGGGAUGCGAUUUUUGGUACCUGCCAUGAGCGCAUUGAAUCUUGUUCGGAGAAUGUUAACUAUAAUGACACGGCAAGCAUGCCUCUGUGGUGA